AUGACAUACCCGCAGCUUCUCUUGUGCUUUCUGCUUGGGCCCGACUUCCAGCGCAACCAUGGACAUGCACUUUGGGAACGCUGCAGUCACGCGACUGGGAUACUUGCGCCCGAGCUCUUGGUGGUGUCCCUCGCUGUCUUCGCAGGACUUGCGUUAUGGAUCGCAGUCGCAAGCAAAAGCGGCCACUUCUCAAAAUCGGCGUUAUCGCCAUACCUACAGUUCGCGUACAACAACUUCAUCAAACCUCACAAUGCAAAAGCCGGUGAUGGGCAGCAGUCUGCGCUGGAGAGCUUUUAUGCAAGACAGGCCGGUAUCUAUGACACCACUCGAAAACGGCUCCUGUGUGGGCGCGAAGAUCUGCUUGCUAUGGUAGCCGCACAACUGCACUCUCGGUCCACGAAGCAGCCAUCCGAGAUUGUCCGCAAGCCGAUAUGGUACGAUAUUGGUGGUGGCACAGGUUAUAACAUAGAGGCCAUGGACAAGAUCGUUGGCAUUGAGAACACGUUUCAGCAGGUAUUUCUGGUCGACUAUUCGCCGUCUCUAUGCGCAGUUGCGCAGGAGAGGGUUGCCAGAUGCGGCUGGAAGAACGUGACGAUCAUCUGCGAUGAUGCUCGACGAGUACAGUGCCCACCUGGAUCUGCGGACCUAGUAACAAUGAGCUACAGCUUGUCCAUGAUUCCUGAUUUCUACAGCGUGGUCGAUCUAUUGACCGGCUUUCUCUCACCAGAUGGCAUCAUUGGAAUAGUGGAUUUCUAUGUUCAGAGCCUUGUCGACGUUUCGUCAAGGACGUACAUUGGAGGCACUUUCAAUCGGCAUGUCAACUGGUUCGGACGUAUGUUUUGGAGAACCUGGUUCGAAGCAGAUCGGGUGAACCUCGAUGCUGGCAGAAGAGAUUACGUCGAAUACCGCUUCGGCACCAUUCUUUCUUGCAGCGAACGGAACUAUAUGCUGGGAGGGAUUCCAUACUACAAAUUUGUCGGUUGCAGACGCGAUGCAGACACCUCAGCACGCUUGGUGGAGCUCGAGGACGCCGUACUGACGGAGUCACCAUACCUGUCGGCCAAUGAAUAUCGGAAGCAACAAAAUCUGCAAGAAAAUGUACAGGUCAUUCACUCGAAAUCGUACGAGUCGGCGAUCGUCAAUCUUAGCUCGAACUUGCCUCUGCCGUCGGCAUUCUACCAGCAGCAUGCGUGGCGCAUCAGCUAUAACGAGCUACUUGAGAAGCACCAGCAGUUCCGAAAUGAGUAUAUCUAUGCUUUCAAUUGGGAAGACCCGGCCGUUGAUCGACAGCUUCUCAACAUCAAGUCGUCGGAUGUUAUCCUAACAAUCACCUCUGCCGGUGACAACAUCCUUGACUAUCUGCUCGAGAGCCCCAGGAGGAUUCAUGCAGUAGAUCUCAACCCGAACCAAAAUCACUUAUUGGAGCUCAAAGUCGCGGCGUUCUCGUGCCUCCCGUACAACGAUAUUUGGCUACUCUUCGGCGAAGGUCGACAUCCGGAUUUCAGAUCGCUUCUUCUCUCGAAGCUCUCGCCGCACCUUUCGUCCCCAGCAUUCCAAUACUGGCUCGAAAACGCGUAUGUGUACUCAUCUAAGCAUGGGUUGUAUGAAUCUGGAGGCAGUCGUCACGCGAUUCAGUUAAUCCGUCGACUAUUCCGACUCUUCAACAUGUCCUCCAAAGUGCAGACGAUCUGUUCAGUGGAAACACUCAACGAGCAGCGAGAGCUGUGGCCGCAGAUCCGCGAUGUACUCCUAUCCUGGCCGCUUCACAAGCUCGUCGUCAGCUCCGAAUGGUGGGCAUGGCGAGCCGCUGGUGUGCCCAAGGAACAGAGAGAUCUCAUCUUGGACGAUUUCAGCGAGAAGACUGGUCGUCCGAAGAGUAAGAAAGAUUGUGGCGAAGCUAUUUGGCAAUACAUGGUUGACACCCUCGAUCCGGUGAUUGAGAAGACACAACUGAGCAGAGAGAACUACUUCUACUACGUCUGCCUGCAAGGGAGGUAUUCGAAGAAAUGUCGACCACGAUAUUUGGACCAGAAGUGUUAUUCGAAGUUGUCCAGACGCGGCACGUUUGACGGCCUCAGAAUCCACACUGACGAGCUGAUGGAGGUGAUCUCCCGAAUCACUCCUUCGACCCUGACCAUUGCUAUUUUGAUGGAUUCGAUGGACUGGUUCGAUCCGUCAGACGCCUCCGGUGCUGCCAAGGCUCAGGUCCUCGCGCUCAAUAAAGUGCUCAAGACCGGCGGGCGAGUCUUCUUCCGCUCUGCUGCGCGAAGACCGUGGUAUACUGACUUGUUCGCUGCCAAUGGAUUCGACCCCAAACGUGUGGGACUACGAGAGAAUGGGAAAUGCAUCGAUCGCGUCAAUAUGUAUGCAUCCACCUGGAUCUGCACGAAAGUCUCGGGCGCUGCUCCAGGUAGCCCUGACACCAUCAUUGCUAGUGGACCGGCAGCCAGCCUGGACGAGAUAGAGAUUUGA